UAGCGGUUGAUAGGAACGGUUGGACUCGACGAUCCAAGAAGUCGUUUCAAACCUAGUGGUUGAUUGUACGAUUUCGAGGCGUUAACUAACGCCCACAAAGACCUACGUCCCGAGCUCUGUAGCAGCGGGUUUCCAGGGAGGGUCUGGGAACGCCCGGGCUCCUCUAGCCCGGCCCCCUACCCCUCGCAGCCCCCGCCCCGCCGGGCUGUGGCCGCACCGGCAUGCACUGGAGCCUGCGGAGCCGCGGCGGAUGAGCAGAGCGCCGAGCGCAGCGGAUUUUAACAAGUUCUAUGCAGAAGAAAAUCUGACCAGAACUAGAGGAUCAUGAUGACAAGAUUCAUCUGUUUAAUGCUAAUAGUUGUUGUGGGAGCUACUGCAAGCCAAACACAAGAAUUUGAAGGCAAUGAUGAGGGAACAGAACAAGAAUUCAUUUAUAUGAACAGAUAUAAGCGUUCCAGUGACACACAGGACAAAUGCACUUACACCUUUAUCGUACCUCAGCAAAGAGUGACAGGUGCUAUUUGUGUUAAUUCUAAGGAGCCUGAAGUUCUACUUGAAAACAGAGUAAAUAAACAAGAAUUACAAUUACUUAACAAUGAACUUCUUAAACAAAAGAGACAAAUAGAAACUCUGCAGCAACUGGUAGAGGUGGAUGGUGGGAUUGUUAAUGAGGUCAAACUCUUAAGAAAAGAGAGCAGAAAUAUGAAUUCUCGCGUCACACAACUCUAUAUGCAGUUGCUACAUGAAAUUAUCCGAAAACGUGACAAUGCCUUAGAACUUUCUCAACUGGAGAAUAAGAUUUUGAACCAAACUGCAGAUAUGUUGCAGCUUGCAAAUAAGUACAAAGACCUGGAGCACAAGUACCAACAUUUGAUGUCAAUUGCCAAUAAUCAGUCAGUAAUAAUUGCCCAGCUGGAGGAACACUGUCAAAGAAUGCCAUCUGUAAAGCCACUGCCACAAUCUCCACAGCCACCAAAUAAAGCGUACCAGCCUCCUACUUACAAUCGCAUCAUUAAUCAGAUAUCUACUAAUGAGAUUCAGAGUGAUCAGAACUUAAAGGUUCUGCCACCUACCUUACCAACCAUGCCUGCAGUUACUAGCAUUCCGACUUCUACCGAUAAACCAUCUGGGCCCUGGCGAGACUGUCUGCAAGCGUUAGAAGAUGGCCAUGAUACAAGCUCCAUCUAUCUUGUGAAACCAGAAAACACGAACCGGCUGAUGCAGGUCUGGUGCGAUCAACGGCACGACCCUGGAGGCUGGACAGUCAUUCAGAGGCGGCUGGAUGGGUCUGUCAACUUUUUCAGGAACUGGGAGACAUACAAGCAAGGAUUUGGUAAUAUAGAUGGAGAAUACUGGCUCGGAUUAGAAAAUAUUUAUUGGUUAACAAAUCAAGGCAACUACAAGCUGCUCAUAACCAUGGAAGACUGGUCAGGUCGCAAAGUGUUUGCCGAGUACGCUAGCUUCAGAGUGGAGCCUGAAAGCGAGUAUUACAAGUUGAGACUGGGACGCUACAAUGGCAAUGCAGGAGAUUCCUUCACUUGGCACAAUGGCAAACAGUUCACCACGCUGGACCGGGACCACGAUGUCUACACAGGUAAUUGCGCUCAUUACCAGAAGGGAGGAUGGUGGUACAAUGCAUGUGCCCAUUCAAACCUCAAUGGAGUCUGGUAUCGUGGAGGACACUACCGCAGCCGGUACCAGGAUGGUGUUUACUGGGCUGAAUUCCGGGGGGGAUCAUAUUCACUAAAGAAAGUUGUUAUGAUGAUAAGACCUAACCCCAACACAUUCCACUGAAAUAAUUCUUCUCUUGGUUUGCUUUCCUGUUCUAAAAAUCGCAUAAAGCCAUGAUGUCAUUACCUGGAAUUAUACUUCCAGAAAUGAGGAAUGUAAGAUAUUGUACAUUUAUUGCUAAGAUGUGAGGGCCUGUAUAUUGUAUUUUCAAGAAUCAUUCCAGGAAAAAAAGCUAAAGAAAAAAAGGAGCUGAAAUGACAUAACAUUCAGAACAGCUCUUGGUACUAAAAGUAGUUAUAUCAAGCCUUUUAGAACUGGUAGUUUAAAUGGACUGUAGAUAAGCUUUCUGGGUUUUAUUCCCUGUAAAUUAAGUUUGAAUGGUAAAAAUACUGCCACAACAUUUAAAUAUUUUUGUAUGUUAUAUUAUGUAUAAAUAUUCUCAAAUACAGGAAAUAUUACAAACUGUACAGCAAGAGUUUUAUUAUUAUUAUGAGCAAUCGUUUGACACAGGAAAUCAUAUCCUUUGAACUGUGUAGCUGGUAUAUGUACAUUAGUGUGAUUAUUCUAAUUUAAUGUUUGUUAACUGUCAUGAAUAAAGUCAGUGCUUUAUAAUUUCAUUUUGAGAGCAGAUACUCAAACCAUUACUGCUGUGAGAAGCAUUUUAAUAAUCUGCUCCUAUAAAUGAGAAUUCACAUUCAAUUAAAAUAUUUUAGAUUAAAAACAUUGAUUUUUUUUAACCAAAAUGAGGUAGCUACCUGUAUAUGGAAAUUAAUCCAGAUUUAUAACACAUAUAACAUGCUAUACAGCCAACACCUUCUAUUACACAGCAACCACCACAGUAUUUUGUACCUUACUUCAGUCAUUACUUGCUGUGUAGCCUCUGUAAUCAGAAAUGGCUGGAUAUAAAUUAAAGGGACUAUCCAACUUUGCAGGCAAAUGAUGGAUACCAAUAUAUAAGCUAUUUAAUAUCCUUAGCCAGUAGAUUAAAAUUAUGUAAAGAAGUUACUGUAGCAAAGAGUCAUAAAAUUAUAUUUACCACAUUUCACCAUUCUAACAUAUUACUGUCAAAUUAUUAAACAGAUUUACUCAUCUAAAUAUAGAGUCAGUCACAAAUAUGCUGACUGGGAUAAUUCUACUGUUCUGAGGUAAGUGUCUAAAGCAAACUGUUACAACACCCAUUUCAAAACAGCAACUACUAAGAAAGAUACAAGUUAAAGGAUAUACUUGAGAAUGAGAGCAAAAGGCUUCACAAGUUCAGUACAUUUUCCAGUAAGCCUACGAGACACUUACUGUGUGUUUGUGCGUGUGUGCUUGCACACUUCUCCCUUAUUACCUCAUCACUUCUUUACAACUGUAUGGUGUGCAUUAAACUGACGUGGGAUGUAGCAUGUGUUGUAUAUAACUGAAACUAGGGUUUUUAAUAUAUUAGAUUACUCCUAUAAUAUUGUAAUCCUUCAAUAAAGCAACAAAUGUUUUUUUGA